CAAAAUGCCGCCACGCUCAACAACCGUCGCCAGUAACGACGAACCCCUUGAUACCACUGAGUUGGCUGGAGGUUCCAAACAAACAGGUGUUUUGUUUGAAACCGAUGCCGAUACUGCUGAUGGUGCCUUGGCCGCCGACAUCACCCAAUUCAAGAAGGCUGAAAAGCGUAAAUUGCAAUUGGUGUGGCGUAACAUCAUUUUGUUCGGCUAUUUGCAUUUGGCCGCUUUGUAUGGUGGUUAUUUGUUCUUUACCAAGGCUAAGUGGGCCACCGUUUUCUUCUCCAUCUUCCUGUAUUCCAUUGGUGUGUUGGGUAUUACCGCCGGUGCCCAUCGUUUGUAUGCUCAUCGCUCGUACAAGGCCAAAUGGCCAUUGCGUGUGUUGUUGAUCAUCUUCAACACUGUGGCCUUCCAGGAUGCUGCCUACCAUUGGGCCCGUGAUCAUCGUGUCCAUCACAAGUUCUCUGAAACCGAUGCUGAUCCCCACAAUGCCACCCGUGGUUUCUUCUUCUCGCACAUCGGUUGGUUGCUGUGCAAAAAACAUCCCGAUGUAGUAGCUAAGGGCAAGGGUUUGGAUUUGUCUGACUUGCGUGCCGAUCCCAUUUUGAUGUUCCAAAAGAAACACUACAUGAUCUUGAUGCCUUUGGCCUGUUUCAUUUUGCCCACCAUUAUCCCCAUGUACUGCUGGAAUGAAUCGUUCAUGAAUUCCUGGUUUGUGGCCACCAUGUUCCGUUGGUGUUUCUUGUUGAAUGUCACCUGGUGUGUGAACAGUGCCGCUCACAAGUUCGGUGGACGUCCUUAUGAUAAGAGCAUUAACCCCGCUGAAAACUCCUUGGUUGCCUAUUUCGCUUUCGGUGAAGGCUGGCACAACUAUCACCAUGUCUUCCCCUGGGAUUACAAGACUGCCGAAUGGGGCAACUGGUCCAUGAACUUUACCACUGCCUUCAUCAACUUCUUUGCCAAGAUUGGCUGGGCCUACGAUCUGAAAUCCGUUGCCCCCGAAACCAUUCAAAAGCGUGUCAAGCGUACCGGUGAUGGCAGCCAUCAUUUGUGGGGCUAUGGCGAUAAGGAUUUGACUCCCGAAAUCGAAAAGGAUAUUUUGACUGUCGAUAAGAAGGAUCUCUAAAUAC